AGAAAUAAUUUGUACAAAACUUCCAAAGUGACUUUAACUAGGAUCAUUUGGCUGUACUUUAUAUAGGAAGGAAAUUUAAAACUACUAUACCAAGGUGGGAAUCUCGGUUGCUUGUAAAUAUCAAAUAUACAUACGUUUUUGUCUCUUUUACCUUCUUUGUACCGUUUUACUGGCUCUACAGACUUGUCUUUAUACAUACAACUCAUACGUAGUACUGGUUCUUGGCGAGUAUGACCAAUGUGUAAUGGGUCUAACCAGCCACCCAGAUGCCUUCCACAAGCGUUCAUCUAGACACUGAUUUACAGAUGAGGGACUGUUGCAAAGUACUACCAGCUAUUUUUCUGGUAUUAUCAAACGUAUUUUGCUUUUCUACUCUCGUGUUUAAGACACCUCCUUUGUUGUUACUCACCAACUUGCUCUUGGUAGUCAUAGGUUCUGGAGGGAUUGUAAAGCUGGUUCGCAGUCCGAAGGGAGGUGAGGAAGCAAGUAAAAAAUUUCUUUCCCCUGACACGGUCGACAAAAUCUCAAAGGCUCUGGUUACAAAGAUUAAUUUUGUUAGCAACAAGGCAGUAGACAUCAUAUUCUGGGAAGACCCGAUCAAAUCUUCUUAUGCGCUCGCAAUUUUAUAUGUUUCAGGUCUAGUAACGAAAAUUUUGCCUACUGUACUCAUAGUUUACACUGCAUCCUGGGCUCUGUUCUUGUAUGUGUAUAUGCACGAGACCCUGUGCAACAAAGUUUACCCAAAAUGCAAGCCUUACGUGGACAAGGCAUCAAGCUUUUUGUAUAAUUUGUACUAUAGCAUACCGAAGCUGAACGAGGAUAAGAUGAUUUAA